AAUUUAAAAUAUUACCCAUGGCCAGCACUCGUCGUUCAAAUCGGUCCGAUGAAAGAUUGCUGAUGCGUGUCUUUUGCAGAGAAGUUUCAUUUUGAUAUCGUUCGCUGUCAGCUAGACGAAGAUUGAGCUUUCCAAUUCGCGGAUUUUGUGUUAUUCUACGCUGCAGGACAAUGGGAGGUGCUGUUGCUAAGGCUUCAGUGACCGAGACAAAGCUCGAGGCCAAAAUUAAUGAGGUAGUGCGCAGGAGAGAAAGCCGAGGGAGUUCUACGACAUCCUUUAACAGCAUCAUCUUGAAAUUCCCUAAGAUUGAUGAGAGUUUUAGGAAGUGCAGAACUGCAUUCCAUGAAUUCGAUGAGGAUGGAAACGGUGCAAUAGAUCAUCAAGAGCUUAAGAGUUGCUUUCGCAAGCUUGAGAUCAAUUUCACUGAUGAGGAAAUCAAUGACCUCUUCCAGGCAUGCGAUAUAAACGAGGAUAUGCAAAUUACGUUCAAUGAAUUUAUUGUUCUUCUUUGUCUCGUUUAUCUUCUGAAGGAAGGCCCGACUGCUCAACAUGCUAUAGCGAUGCCAAAUCUAGAGGCUACUUUUGAAAUACUAGUCGAUGCCUUUACGUGCUUGGAUAAGAACAAGGAUGGUUAUGUUAGCAAAGAUGAGAUGAUCGAUGCUAUUAAUGAAACCGCUUCUGGGGAACGAUCUUCCGGGAGAAUUGCCAUGAAAAGAUUUGAAGAAAUGGACUGGGACAGGAAUGGAGCUGUGAACAUCAAGGAGUUUCUCUUUGCAUUCACUCAUUGGGUUGGGAUCGAAGAAGGCGAUGAUGAUGAGGAGGAGGAGGACGACGAGGUGAAGAUAUGAUCUGAAUUUUUCGAGCAAGUCUCGAUCCACUGCUCAUAGUACUUUGGUUGUUGGCCCUGUAAGUAGACCAUAGAUCGAUCAUAGUUUGAUUCGUCUAGCUCGAAUUGCUUGUGAAACUUCAUGUCUAUGGUAGCCUUUACAAUGAUGGAACUGAGUUAAAUUAGUUAUGGUGCAUCAAACUUGCUACAUUCUAUUGGUCUGUAACAAGACAUUCUUGUAAAUGUUCGUUGUGAGUGAAGACAACAGGAACAGGAUCAAGAAAAAAUGCUGUAAGGUAA